AUGGGGAGGACUCCGUGCUGCGACAGCAAGGGGAUCAAGAAGGGGCCGUGGGCGCCCGAGGAGGACAAGCUGCUCGUCGACUUCGUCCAGGCCAACGGGCCCGGCAACUGGCGCAUGCUCCCCAAGCUCGCGGGGCUGAACCGGUGCGGCAAGAGCUGCCGGCUCCGGUGGACCAACUACCUGCGCCCGGACAUCAAGCGCGGGCCUUUCACCACCGAGGAGCACAAUUCCAUUCUCCAGCUCCACGCCAUCGUCGGCAACAAGUGGUCUAUGAUCGCGGCGCAGCUGCCGGGCCGGACGGACAACGAGAUCAAGAACUACUGGAACACGCACCUCAAGAAGCAGCUCCGCCAGGAGGCGCUCGCCGGCGCGGACGCCGCCGCCCAGCAGCUCGCCGCGGCGGGGGCCGCGUCCUCCUGCCCCGCCGCGCGCCACAUGACCCAGUGGGAGACCGCCCGCCUCGAGGCCGAGGCGCGCCUCUCCCUCCUCUCGUCCUCGGCCACCACGACGGUCGCCUCCGCCACGGCCGCCUCCUCGUCGUCGUCCACCGCCGCCGCCGAGCACGAGGCGGCGCCGGACAUCUUCCUGCGCCUCUGGAACUCCGCGGUCGGGGAGUCCUUCCGCUGCUCCGCGCAGGGACAGGGUGCAGCCGCAGCGCAUGGUCCGGCGGCGGCGAGCCCGGCGGCAGCUGGUACGCCGGCAGCGCUGCGGCCUGCGGCGCCCAGCGGCGGCGGCGACGACUCCUCGGCCGCGUCGACCAACGGGACCGAGGCGGCGGACGACUACCAGGCGUUCCUGGACAUGGCCGUGGAGGAGCUGGCGCUGCUGCACGGCCGGCUCGGCGUGUCGUUCUCGGCGUUCCCGACGGCCGACGUGCUCGCCGAGGCGUCGUGCCUGUUCGCGCCGUUCGAGUGA